CCGUGUCAGUGCUGAGGGAGCGAUAGGCGAACAGGAACUUCUUGUGCAGUGACAAAAGCUUACGACUGGGUAAACGAAAGUGGCGUGGAUCACUGGUCGAUUCUAUUGCGUUUGCUGUUCUCAGUGGACUCCGUAUGGAGCCAACAAAUCUGCAGAAAGCUAUUGCCAUAGCACAGAAGGCUUCACAGGAAGACCAGGAAGGGAACUACGAGGAGGCCAUUCGCUCCUACCAACAUGCUGUGAAAUACUUCCUGCACAUUAUAAAACGUGAACCCCAGGGUAAAGAUGGAAAUCAGAAGAUCAGAGAUAAAUGUAAACUGUACCUGGACAGAGCGGAAGAACUACAGGAGUACCUAGUGAAUAAAGAGAAAGCCAUUGAUCUUGCCAGUAAGGCAGCACAGGAGGAUAAAGCUCAGAAUUACGAUGAGGCUCUCCGUCUGUACCAAGCUGCUGUUCAGUACUUCCUCCAUGUGGUGAAAUAUGAAGCCCAGGGUGACAAAGCCAGACAGAGCAUUCGGGCAAAAUGUGCUGAAUAUCUGGACAGAGCGGAGAAGUUGAAGGAGUAUCUAAAAAAGAAGGAGAAAGCUCCUCCCGCUAAGCCUGUCAAAGAGUCACAGUCUGAUGACAAAGGGAAUGAAAGUGAUGAAGGUGAUGAUCCAGAGAAAAAGAAGUUCCAGAACCAACUCUCAGGUGCAAUUGUUAUGGAGAAACCAAAUAUCAAAUGGAAUGAUGUUGCUGGUUUAGAGGGCGCCAAGGAAGCACUGAAAGAAGCUGUCAUUCUUCCAAUCAAAUUCCCCCACCUUUUCACAGGAAAGAGAACUCCAUGGAGAGGGAUAUUGCUCUUUGGGCCUCCAGGUACAGGAAAGUCCUAUCUGGCUAAAGCUGUUGCCACAGAAGCAAACAACUCAACCUUCUUCUCCAUCUCCUCAUCCGACCUUGUCUCCAAAUGGCUGGGAGAGAGUGAAAAGUUGGUAAAGAAUCUUUUUACCCUCGCAAGGGAGCACAAGCCUUCUAUCAUCUUCAUUGAUGAGAUUGACUCCCUGUGUGGCUCAAGAAGCGAGAAUGAGAGUGAGGCUGCUCGCCGUAUUAAGACAGAGUUCCUGGUUCAGAUGCAGGGUGUAGGGAAUGACAACGAGGGAGUGCUGGUACUUGGAGCCACAAACAUCCCAUGGACCCUAGACUCAGCCAUCAGGCGACGAUUCGAGAAGAGGAUCUAUAUCCCGCUGCCUGAGGAGCACGCCCGCUCCUUCAUGUUCAAGCUCCAUCUGGGCUCAACACCCAACAGCCUCACCGACUCUGACUUUGUCACUCUGGGCAAGAAGACAGAUGGAUACUCGGGAGCAGAUAUCAGUAUCAUUGUCAGAGAUGCGCUAAUGCAGCCUGUUCGAAAGGUCCAGUCAGCAACCCACUUCAAACGGGUACGAGGUCCCUCAAGAACUGACCCCAAUGCUGUUGUAGAUGACCUCUUGACUCCUUGCUCACCUGGUGAUCCCAAUGCAAUUGAAAUGACAUGGAUGGAGGUCCCUGGGGAGAAACUAUUGGAACCUGUAGUAUGCAUGUCUGAUAUGAUGAGGUCUCUGGCCAGCACGAAGCCAACAGUCAAUGAACAAGAUCUGGAAAAACUGAAAAAAUUCACAGAGGAUUUCGGACAGGAAGGCUAGGUGGGGUGAUUGAGCCAAGCCAAACCAAAGCAAAGAAAUUGUGAUCGUCUUUCUUUACUGUCCUUGUUGUGUUUUUUCUCUCUGUUUCAUCAUAAUCAUUCAUCAGGCCUUGAGCGCUAAUUCAUCAGAGAUUAGUGCUCUGUUUUCUGAUAACCACACACAGGUGGUUAUCAGGUAGGAAGACUUGGUUGUAUCCAAUAUUGUUGUCCAAAGAAGAUUAAAGCCAUGCAGCUGAGUUGAGAAAAGAAUCAAUACAAAAUAGGGAAUUGAGAGGGUUGUUUGACUUAUGAACUAAAAUUGCAGCAGAAUAUCCAAGCAUCUUGAGGAAACUAAUGACAGACACACAACAAUACACAACAAUUGUUGCAAAAGAGGCUAUUGAAAUCAAGACAGUUUAUUUUAAGUCAGGACUAACAAUUAUGUUCUUACUUUCCCAUCAGAAUACAUCUCAUUAGACUAAUAAAUACCACAUAUAUCUAUUUUUAUUAAGAAAAACAAGCAUUGAUUAGUGUAUGCUACACUUUGUGGAAUGUAUACAUCAUGGGCUAAGGGAGUGGAGCAGGUUCAUAGGAUCUGUUGUAUUGAAAUGUCAGUUGCUUCAUGGUGUUGGAUCUUUGGAGUUUUGAGACAGAGAUACUCGGGGUGACAGCUGCAUUAGGCCCUGUGAAAAUUUUGGAUCGUUUAUCCAGUUUCCUAACAAGUGCAAAUUAUAUUUGUUAACUUGUUUGUCAAUUGAAUUAAACAUAACUGAUAGGGUGAAUCACCAAUAGUGCCAGACCAGCAUUCUUUUACUUUUUUUCCAAGGACUCUGUUUCAUCAUUCAGCUUGUGAAAAACAAACCAUGGCUUUUUUUUUGUGCAAUCAACUGUACAUAUUCUCCAUAGGCUUUGCUGAUUAUUCUUAAUACAAACUGCAAAAAAUAAGCCUUACUCUAUUGCAAAUUUUGAUAAAACAAGACUGAGGUGUUGAAAUGGGACACUGAUGGCUCAGGUGGAGAGAUCAUCUUCUUGUAUACUUUACUACAUAGGAAUGUGUCUCCAGGCAUGAACUUUAUGUAGCCAUAAGUGGCAGUGUGCACCAUGUGCCUUCUAGAGAAGUUUAAACGGUUCUUUUUUAUUUGUUUAUAUCUAAAUUGGUCAUACUGCAUAUAUCCAGUGCUUUGUCACUACAACUACUAAGUGUAUCAUACUUGCACAUUUCACAUAAGCCCUUUUGAGAGAAUGUAUACAACUGUGGGGAACAUCUUAUUUUACUGUAAAUGUCUAUACAUAUAGCCAACUCUCAAGCCUUUUCUGUGGGAAGAGGUCACCCAAUGCGUAAGAUUUUCUUUUUCAUUACUAUUAUGUAAAUAAAAGUUAAAGCUACGUCAA